AUGACUUUUACUAUUGCAACCCUUAAUGUGAAUGGAAUCCUUCCAAAGGAUCCCAAUCAAUCAAGUAGAUUGGACAAAAUCAUACGGCUUAUGGACAUCUAUCACCUUAACUUCAUAGCAAUCCAAGAAUCACACAUUAACAACUCACAAUACACACGCACUUUUCACCAAAACCUCUAUCGAUAUUAUUCUUUUCUCAACAAUAAUAAUUCUCGUGAUGGAACUUUUGUCCUUACCCAUCAACGUCACAAAAAGAAAUCUAUUCAUCAAAUCCUUAUUCCAGGACGUCUCCAACUAUGCACCAUCCACAUCGGUGGAUGCUUAUUGAAUAUAUUUAAUAUUUAUAACUACUCUGGAAACAGAAAUGAAGAAGAAGAAAAUAUUUUACUCGAGAAAUUAUCUGAAACCCUAUCAACCCUAAAUCACCAACCAAUAAUAGUGAUUGGUGACAUGAAUUUUAGUUCAGAAGGAAAUGCUUACAAAGACACCAAGUGGAAAACAUUUAUGGACCAACAUAACCUAAAAGAAAGAGAAACAAUAAUUCCAUCCUACAUCAGAAAAUACACAUCACAAAACAAAAUAUUAGAAACAAUCUCAAGACCUGACCACCUAUUCCACUCGAGUCACAUUGAAAUAGAACAUGAACAAGCUUUACCACUCGUCACAACAAAUGACCACAUACCAAUCAUGUUCAAAUUUAAAUUAUUAAUUCCAACAACCUGGAAACGAAUAAUCAGCGAUGAGCAAAGUGUUGCAAAAAAACUCGAAGAAAUUUUGAAAUCUCUUCCCGUCAACAACAGUGAAUUGAAAAAACUCAAUCAUGAGAUCAAGAACCAAUCUCAUAAACCACAUCCUAUUAAGGGAUUUAAGGAAUCUGAAAUCAUUACCAAUUUGAAACAACAGCUCCAUAAUCUCCAUGAACAAAAAUUAUCCGAAACAACCCAAGAUGAAUCCACUAUCAAAAGAUCUAUAAAGGAAACAAAGAAGAAACUAAAGAACAAUAUAACCUUGAAUUUGCGGAAUAUAGAAAAAAGUUCAUAG